GGCCACCAUCACAAUCUGCCGAUUACCCCGACCCCGCACUGGGCCUGCAGUCUCGCGUAGUCAGUCGCAGUGUCGUAGUGUGCGUGGAAUUGUUGUUGUCAUUUUCCGACCCGUUGCCGGUUUUCCUCAGUUUUCGUUUCGACUCUGCUUGUCUUAUGCGUUUUUCGCGCACCCCCUCGACGCACGGCCAAUCGAUAAUUCGCUGUUUAAUGUAUUCGAUGAUGUGAAGAGGCCUCAAGACGGAACUCUGUGAGGUCCAACAAAGCAAAAAUUCGUUUCGAAAUUUUUUGUCGGCACUGCUACUGUUACGGCCCGCGGGAUUACCUCCAAAUAGCCUGUACAACCAUGUCGGCGGGAUACCGAUCGGGAAACAUGCCUGGCGAAGUCUUGUUUCAGUGGUUCUCUUGCUGUGUAAACCAACGUACCCAACAGGGCAAACGUCACGUGAGUCGAGUACGCAUUGACCGAUCUAUGAUUGGAGCACCCACAAAUUUUCGACAUACCGGUCACAUAGGUUCGUCCGAUGUCGAAAUGGGAUCGUCCAGAUUGCAUGCCAUUCACGGACAGAUGCAGUCCAAAGGCGGUUAUGAAGCUACCAUUGAAGCUAAUUGAACUUGCCAUAAAUCAAUCGAGAUGAGAACUGUGAUCGAAAAACUCUCUUCGUGAACCAAACACAAUCUUGGGACUGUUAUUCCAUAUUUUUUCUUACUACAGCCGCCAGUGUGUGGAGGAGAUCCUUCGUCAUAGUUAUAGACUAGUGUUUAUACAUUCUUUAUUAUUAUAAUAAAUAACUAUUAUUUUUAAAAUUUUAUUUAAUUCGUCAAGUAUAGUCAUGGCCGCCUUUUAGUUCGCGACAGACACACUUGAUAAAUGUCUUAUACUAGUCUGGUUUUAUUUAUGUGAAUGUUUUUACUUAUUUUUUUUUUAUUUGUAUAAAAUAAGUUUCGAAAUUAGUCGUGAUGUCUUUAUUAAUCUCUCUUUAAAUUGUACACACACGCCAAUUUUAUUAUUUUUUAUGUUACAAUAAUAUGUUUUAUGUUGUUGCCACUGUGUAAUAAUAAUAAUAAUAAUAAUAUGAUGAUGAGAAUCAAAACGAUUAUAUGAUAAUUUGUACAAUUUAAAACGCCAUACUCAUGAGUAUAGCAUAGCAUUACCUCGAAAACACCGAUAAACCUAUCAGAAUCUUUAUUAUAACUACAAAUAAAUGUUUUUACUGUAUUACCUAUUAUUAAAGAAGAAAAAACAUUUUGCUAUUUUUAAUAUUACUAUACAAUUAUUAGAUGUUGUGUACCGUUUGUAUUGCCUAAAAGUAUGUAAAAUCGAUACUUUGUGCUUAACUUUUAACUCCUUACGAUUUAAGCUAGUUUUAAGAUCUGUGUGAUCAGAUAUAUUGCAUUUAAAUGACCGUCUAUGUAUAAUAUUAUGUGUAAUAGUUUUAGAUAUUUGAAAAUGUAAACGCGUACACUGCCUAUAUAUUGUGAGCUCAAAGUGUGUAUGUUCUAUUAUCCAUUUUUAUAUAUUUCAAGUACGUUUAUAAUAUAUUCAUUUUUUAAAACAAAACUUCUGAAGCGUAUCUUAGAAUAUAACAUAUAAUAUGUAACGCACAAUAAACUAUGAACUUUUUA